AUGUUGAAGAUCUGGUCGAUGAAACAACAACAGCAACAAGCUGAAAAUGCAGAUGCCGCAGCAGGAAAGAAGAAGAAGAAGGUCACUCCCGCGCAGCUGCGUGUUCAGCGAGACCUUCAAGAACUCACCCUCGGCAGCACCAUGAAAAUGUCCUUCCCCAACCCCGACGACAUCCUCAACUUCACGCUUACCAUCGAGCCCGACGAGGGAAUGUACAAAGGCGGCGUCUUCCACUUCACCUUUGCUGUGAACCAGAACUUUCCGCAUGAUCCGCCAAAAGUGAAGUGUACGCAGAAGAUUUACCAUCCAAAUAUUGAUCUCGAGGGGAAUGUUUGUUUGAAUAUUCUGAGGGAGGAUUGGAAGCCGGUGUUGAAUUUGAAUGCGGUUAUUGUGGGGAUGCAGUUCCUCUUCCUUGAACCGAAUGCGUCCGAUCCGUUGAAUAAAGAGGCCGCGGAGGAUUUGCGUACGAACCGCGAUUCGUUUAAGCGGCAUGUGCGGAGCUCGAUGGCUGGUGGUUCGGUGAGGGGGAAUGACUUUGAACGUGUGCUGCGGUAG